GCCGCGGCGGCGGGCGGAGCGCGGCUGGAUCGGUUCUGGGCAGCCGAGGCGGCAGCUGCGUGGCGGUACUGGGGCGGCUGCGGCGCGCUCGGAGCCCCGAGGGCACGCGGCCCGGGCAGCUCCGUGUGCGCCCUCUGGGGAGCUGGGGUUCUAGGCCCACCGGUCACCAUGAACCAUCUGAACGUACUGGCCAAAGCCCUCUAUGACAACGUGGCCGAGUCCCCGGAUGAGCUCUCCUUUCGCAAGGGUGACAUCAUGACGGUGCUGGAGCAGGACACGCAGGGCCUGGACGGCUGGUGGCUCUGCUCGCUGCACGGGCGCCAGGGCAUUGUGCCCGGGAACCGCCUCAAGAUCUUAGUGGGCAUGUACAAUAAGAAGCCAGCAGGGCCUGGCCCAGGUCCUCCCGCUGCCCCUGCCCAGAUCCAGCCCGGCCUCCCACAAAGUCUCCAUGCCCCAGUGCCUCCGACCUCCCAGUACACGCCCAUGCUCCCCGCCACCUACCAGCCCCAGCCUGACAGCAUCUACCUGGUGCCCACCCCAAGCAAGACUCAGCAAGGCCUCUACCAAGGCCCUGGCCCCAGCCCCCAGUUCCAGUCGCCCCCAGCCAAGCAGACAUCUACCUUCUCGAAGCAGACGCCCCAUCACCCAUUUCCCAGUCCGGCCACAGACCUGUACCAGGUGCCUCCAGGGCCUGGAGGCCCUGCCCAGGACAUUUACCAGGUGCCACCUUCUGCUGGGAUGGGGCAUGACAUCUACCAGGUUCCCCCGUCCAUGGACACCCGUAGCUGGGAGGGCACAAAGCCCCCAGCAAAGGUGGUGGUGCCCACUCGUGUGGGGCAGGGCUAUGUAUAUGAGACCGCACAGCCAGAGCAGGACGAGUAUGACAUCCCGAGACACCUGCUGGCCCCGGGGCCCCAGGACAUCUACGACGUGCCCCCCGUUCGGGGGCUGCUUCCCAACCAGUAUGGCCAGGAGGUAUAUGACACACCCCCCAUGGUCAUCAAGGGUCCCAAUGGCCGAGCCCCAUUGCUGGAGGUGUACGACGUGCCCCCCCCCUCACCCCCUAAGUUCACCUCCCAGGACUCGCCAGAUGGGCAGUAUGAGAACAGCGAGGGUGGCUGGAUGGAGGACUAUGACUACGUCCACCUGCAGGGGAAGGAAGAGUUUGAGAAGACCCAGAAGGAGCUGCUGGAAAAGGGCAGCAUCACGCGGCAGGGCAAGAGCCAGCUGGAGCUGCAGCAGCUGAAGCAGUUCGAACGCCUGGAACAGGAGGUGUCACGGCCCAUAGACCAUGACCUGGCUAACUGGACACCGGCCCAGCCCCUGGCCUCGGGGUGGACGGGCAGCCUGGGGCCCUCGGACCGGCAGCUGCUGCUCUUCUAUCUGGAACAGUGUGAGGCCAACCUGACCACGCUGACCAAUGCCGUGGACGCCUUCUUCACUGCUGUGGCCACUAACCAGCCACCCAAGAUCUUUGUGGCGCAUAGCAAGUUCGUCAUCCUCAGCGCCCACAAGCUGGUGUUCAUCGGGGACACACUGUCUCGGCAGGCCAAGGCGGCCGACGUGCGCAGCCAGGUGACCCACUAUAGCAACCUGCUGUGUGACCUCCUGCGUGGCAUCGUGGCCACCACUAAGGCCGCCGCCCUGCAGUACCCAUCACCCUCUGCUGCCCAGGACAUGGUGGAGAGGGUCAAGGAGCUGGGCCAUAGCACCCAGCAGUUCCGCCGUGUCCUGUGCCAGCUGGCAGCCGCCUGAGGGCAGUGACCCCUGGAUGGGGGCAGGGGAAGGGUGUGGUGGCCCCAGCUCCCGGCCCCCAUCUGAAGAGUAGCUGUGCUGCAGGCUUGGGGACAGGACCCUAGCUCUGCCUCAGGCCUGGCGCUCUGUAUGCCCAGGAUCUGUAUAUAUUUAUGGUUGGGCAGGGCAUGGGGCCGUGUCCCCUCAGAGCAGCCGAAGCCCAGUGGCUGGCCAGUGGCCUUCCCCAUCGUGCACUGCAGGACCUUGUGCCACCCAAGGGCUGAGCCUGGCCCCCAGAGGGUGCCCUGUGGCCUGACAGGGCCAGUGCAGUUUGGUGUGUUUCUCCGCCUCACCAGAAGAAGACCCUGAAGAACUAUUUUUCAUUAUUGAUUUUCCAAUCAUUUGACUGAUAGUCUCCAUUUAAAUAAAGUUUUUAAAAUGAA